AUUAAUUGAAAUAAUGAGCAAUUAUUUUUUUAAUUCAGGACUUAAAAGGGAUGGGCAAUUAUAAUUAGUGCCUGAACAUGUUCGUUUUAAUAUAACAUAGCUUACUCCAUCCGAAGUUGGGAUAGUUUAAUUUUAAUUAAUUUUAGCAGAAUAAGAGUAAAAUAAUAUUGAACUAAUUGAUAUUCAAGAUAACCUUGGAAAACCUUUGAUAAAAAUAACAUUAAAAUAAACAGAGCUUAUAAUUCAAUAUUUGGAUGGUACUUACAAAUUUCCGAUUUAAUAAAUCAUUUUAUACAAGUUGUAUCCAAUAUUUAUUUCAUUCCACAAUGAGAUAAAUUUGAUCACAAACUCAAAUGUUCAAACUUAAAAGCUUAAAUCAAAAUUUACUUAUGCAUCUAAUAAAGUGGGAAUAUUAUUAGGAAGUAAAAAUAAUUAGAAUGCUUACACCGGGAUUACAAGAAAUUUAUAAAUAAGAUUUGUGAAGGAGGCUGAUUUAAAAAUGCAAAUAGAUGGUGAAAUAAAGUUGUAAAAAUCUAUUCUUAACGACUUAAAUGAUAUUGGAUAGAUAAAAUAUAAAUUGCCAUUUAGCAAACCAUUGAAAUCAAUAGAAGAGCUGGACAAUUGGAAACCGAAUGAAGAAUACACAAUACUUCCAAUUUAACCACUGAAGAAGAUUACAAGAACAAGCAGAUAACCUUUGUUGGUGUGUCAUGAUAUGUAAGGCGGCUAUAAGGAAGAUAUUUGGUGCUUUGGAAAUCCUUUGAGAUAAAAUAGUUAUCGCUUUUAUUACAUGACCCAUUGUGAUAUUUUUGUAUAUUUUUCACAUACGUUUAUCACCAUUCCAAGUGUACCCUACAUUAACAUUUGCCAUCAAUUUGGUACAAAGAUAUUAGGAACUAUCAUUACAGAAGGAGAUGACAAUACAUUGACUAAAUAGAUAUUGGACUUAAAGUAUGUGGAUAAAUUAGUGCAGAUUUGCUAGUUCUAUAAAUUUGAUGGUUAUCUAUUGAAUAUAGAAACAAAUGUGGAUAAUGUGGAUUUGUUUCUACAAUUCAUCAAAUAAUUGAGUGAUAAAUUAUAAUAGAUAGGAGCCAUGCUGAUGUAUUAUGAUAGUCAUACUGCUGAGGGAGUUUUGAAAUGGUAAUCGGAAUUGAAUUAGGAUAAUAUGAAAUACUUCUAAGCCUGUAACUACUUUUUUAGUGAUUAUCAUUGGAAUUUGAAUAAAUUGGCAAAUACAGAGAAGAACGCUGGAAAUUAGAGGAAUAAUGUUUUCGUAGGAAUUGACAUAUGGGGUAGAGGACAAUAUGGAGGUGGAUAAUUCGAUAGUUAUAUCGCAUUGCAAGAGAUAAAAAGGGCAUAAUUAGGCACUGCAAUUUUUGGUUAGGCUUGGACAUAUGAAACUUCAAAUGAUAGUCGAUCACAGUUUAUUCAGAAUGAUAAUUCAUUAUGGCAAGGGAAAAAUACUGUUUCUUUGUUUGAUAAACAUAAAAAUUAAUGGGCAAUCACAUUCAAUGGAGGAUCAGGGUGGAAAAUUGUAUAAGACAAUGGAGAAGAGACUGCAAUAGCAUCCUUUGAUUGGUGUAUCAGAACAUAUACUGUUUAAUUGAAUUUGGUAUCUUCAAACAAAGGGGGUAUUAUACAAUUCAAUGCAAGAGUGAAGGGAACUGGUCCAAAAUUUGAGGAUUUAUAUGUAAUUAGUAGUGUUAAUUGAUUAGCUUAUUGGGAUUGAGUUAUAUGAUAGACAAAAUAGAUGUAUUGCCAGUAUUGAUUCAUUUUCAACCAAAGUAAACAAGGGAGAAAUUCAGUUUAAUGUGGAUCACGUUAAUGUUGCUGAUGAUAAAUGGAGAGAGCAUACUUUGAGUAUUAAAACUACUGAUGAUACAUAAUAUAUCAAAUUUAUUGAGGUUGGAAAAGACGUGGAAUAUUGGGCUGGUAAUUAUGGUACUCAAUUCACUGGGGAGUCUAUGGUUUAUAUAAGUUAUGACAGUAACAAGGAUCUAUUGCGGAUGUUAAAACCAAAGACAUAUUAAGAAUUCCCUUUGCAGUCUUAUUUCAAUAAUGCUGUAGGAGAGGCCUAUUAUAUUGAUGGUCAAAAGAAUACGCAUUAUAAGGGAUACUACGAUAAUUUGAAUGAUUUUGAUUAUUCUUUAUGUUAUCCAACAAAAAAGAUCGUCAGCCAAGAUAUUCAAGAUAAUUGGGAAAGCAAUAUCAAUUUUAGUGAUUCAUGGAAUGGAAGUAGUUGCAUCAAAAUUAAAGGAGAUUUAUAAGUUCAUAAAAGUUUCCUCAUUAAAUUAUUUAAAACUAGGAUUGACCCUCAAGGGAAUAUCAAUGCAAGUAUUAACAUGAAAAACUUUGAUAAAAAGAUUUUGUAGUUAAGUCUGGUUUUUAAAUUCGCAGAUAAGGGUUUGUAAACAUUCAAACCAACCAAAAUAUUAGCAAAUAAGGGUUGGGAUAUUUCAUAAUACACAAUUUUAAACUAAGGAAAAACCUUGAAGUCUGUUUAUCUUAAGAUUGAAAACAUUUCUUAACAAUAACAAGCAGUCGAUGGCCUUAUUGGAGGUUUAGCCAUCUAUGAUGACAGAUACACAGAGCAAAUGAAGGCUGCCAAUGUAGAUUUCAAAGACCCAACCAAAUACAUCAAGAAUAUCUAGUUAAAGGAAAGUAUCACAAAUCUCUAUGAUUUAUAUAUUUAAUUGGAACUAGGGGAGUUAGGACCACUCCUUAAAACUAUCAGAAUUUUUAAGUAUAUCUAUAUGUAUAUCAAUUUAGUGAUAAAUAAUGGAUUGGAAAUGUGAGAUCUAAUUAUGCGUAUUUCCCUGAACUCCCUUUUGAUGGGAAAGAAAUGUUUGUGAGAUUGCAGAUUGUUUUGAAUAAUGGAAAUCAUAUUAAGGCUGAGUCCGUUCUACCAUACAUCCUUUAUUCCGAUUAGGUUGUUAGAUUGCCUUGAAAUAUAUAUUA